AGAGCGCGAGGCGCCCGCCGGUAACGGUCGUGCGGGCGAGGGGCUGGAGGGAGAGGAAAGGGCUUUAAAUGAUGUUUUGAAGCAGCGAGAGCUAGACGCGUCGGCGACCAGGUGUCGCCACUUCCCGCUGCCGAGGGCUCGGCGUCCAGGUCCUGCGUCUCCACGCCCCCUCCCUUCCCGGCCCUCUCCUCGGGAACCGAGCGAGCGACGUUAAGAGGCGGCUGCGGCGGACCGGGCGGCCGCUGCAGCCCGGCGGUGGCGAAGGAGUGGGCACAAAGCCGGCUGCGCUGCGAGGGUGAGUUGGUGAAAACAGAAGACUAAAAUAGGGCACAGUGGCUGGAAAAGAAAGAAUCCAGAGAGGAAGACGACUGGAGACAUGAGUUCCGACACCAGCCCAGCUGUGGUUACCACGCCUCCUCCUCCCAGCAUGCCUCACAAAGAGAGGUAUUUUGACCGAAUCAAUGAAAGUGAUCCGGAAUACCUUCGAGAGAGGAACAUGUCUCCUGAUCUACGACAGGACUUCAAUAUGAUGGAGCAGAGGAAGCGAGUCACUCAGAUCCUGCAGAGCCCUGCCUUUCGGGAAGACCUGGAAUGCCUCAUCCAAGAGCAGAUGAAGAAAGGCCACAACCCAAGCGGCUUAUUAGCGUUACAGCAGAUUGCGGAUUACAUCGUGACCAGCUCCUUCUCGGGCUUCUCCUCGCCCUCCCUGAGUCUUGGCAUGGUCACACCUAUUAAUGACCUUCCUGGUGCAGAUACAUCCUCGUAUGUGAAGGGAGAAAAGCUUACUCGCUGCAAACUUGCCAGCCUCUACAGGCUUGCAGACUUGUUUGGGUGGGCGCACCUGGCAAAUACGUACAUCUCGGUACGAAUAAGUAAGGAGCAAGACCACAUUAUAAUAAUUCCCAGAGGCCUCUCUUUUUCUGAAGCGACAGCCUCCACUUUGGUGAAAGUCAACAUAAUCGGAGAAGUGGUGGACCAGGGGAGCACUGAUCUGAAAAUCGACCACACGGGCUUCAGCCCGCAUGCUGCCAUCUAUUCAACACGCCCCGAUGUGAAGUGUGUGAUCCACAUCCACACCCUUGCCACAGCAGCGGUGUCCUCCAUGAAGUGUGGGAUCCUUCCAAUUUCCCAAGAGUCUCUCAUCCUGGGAGAUGUCGCCUACUAUGACUACCAGGGGUCGCUUGAUGAGGAGGAAGAAAGAAUUGAACUUCAGAAAGUGCUGGGUCCAAGCUGUAAGGUGCUCGUCCUCAGGAACCAUGGCAUGGUGGCUCUUGGCGAGACCCUCGAGGAGGCUUUCCAUUACAUCUUUAAUGUACAGAUGGCCUGUGAGAUCCAGGUGCAGGCAGUAGCAGGGGCAGGCGGAGUAGACAAUCUGCUCGUACUGGAUCUUCAGAAAUAUAAAGCUUUCACCCACGGUGUCGCCAUGUCUGGAGGAGGCGGUGUAAACAUGGCUUCCCAUCAGAAGUGGAAGGUUGGCGAGAUUGAGUUUGAAGGGCUGAUGAGGACCCUGGACAACUUGGGCUACAGAACAGGCUAUGCGUACAGGCAUCCUCUGGUCCGAGAGAAGCCUAGGCACAAGAGUGACGUGGAGAUCCCUGCAACCGUGACUGCCUUCUCCUUUGAAGAUGACAGUGCUCCACUCUCUCCCCUCAAGUUCAUGGCACAGAGACAGCAGCGUGAAAAAACAAGAUGGCUGAAUUCACCAAAUACUUACAUGAAGGUGAAUGUGCCGGAGGAGUCUCGGAACGGGGAAACUAGUCCCAGGACCAAAAUCACGUGGAUGAAAGCAGAAGACUCCUCUAAAGUCAGUAGUGGGACACCGAUCAAAAUUGAAGACCCCAAUCAGUUUGUUCCUUUAAACACAAACCCGACGGAGGUGCUAGAAAAGAGAAAUAAGAUCCGGGAACAGAAUCGCUAUGAUCUGAAGACAGCAGGGCCGCAGUCUCAGCUGCUGGCGGGGAUCGUUGUGGACAAGCCGCCUUCGACCAUGCAGUUUGACGAUGACGAUCAGGGCCCACCAGCUCCUCCUAACCCAUUCAGCCACCUCCUGGAAGGAGAACUGGAAGAGUAUACGAAGACAAUCGAGAGAAAGCAGCAAGGCCUGGACGACGCUGAGCAGGGGUCACUCUCAGACGACGCUGCAUCUGUUUCACAAAUUCAGUCUCAAACUCAGUCACCGCAGAGUGUCCCUGAGAGAUUAGAAGAAAACCACGAGCUGUUUUCCAAGAGCUUCACCUCCAUGGACGCGCCUGUCAUGAUCAUGAACGGCAAGGACGAGAUGCAUGAUGUCGAAGACGAGCUUGCUCAGCGAGUCAGUAGGCUGACCACAAGCACGACCAUAGAGAACAUCGAGAUCACCAUUAAGUCCCCAGAAAGAACUGAAGAGGUCCUGUCGCCUGAUGGCUCACCUUCAAAGUCGCCCUCCAAGAAAAAGAAGAAAUUCCGCACGCCUUCUUUUCUCAAAAAGAACAAAAAAAAGGAGAAAGUUGAGGCCUAAGUAGUCCUUUUGUAAUUUGUAUAUUACAUUGUGGCAUUGCACACUUAAAUACCAUAUUUUAGUUAAUCGUUAAUAUACUGUGGUAGAUCAGAUUGGGAGUAUGUAGCAAACUGGACUUUAAAAAACUGGAAAGAGGUUUUACUAAAAGAAAAAUAUUAUUGAAAACUUUCAAAUUCAUCUCUUUUUAUAUGUCCGAAAACGGCCGAGCUUUUCAGCAGUGGCUGGCUUGGCCGACUCUGCCGUCCCUGGCAGAGCGUUGUUACUGUUGCUCCUUAGCAGCUGCUGCCUGGUGCCUAGGCCUCUGCAGCACAUGUGCUGGGAAGGAGCUGCCAGUGAGCACGAGACAAUGCUUACUUGUCACUAAUCAGACCUUGAGUUUAUCAUCGUGGUUAUUGACUGUAUCUUUGGGUCCCCACUGUUUCCAUGGGCAUUAAUGGGAUGUUUUAAAAGCUUCUACAAGACUCUAGAGCAUUAGUAUACAUUGGCACAUCAUUUUUUAAAAAAUGUUUUAAGAAAAGAUUUGUCUGGGUUUUUACUCAUAGUAUGAAAUUCCCCUACCUGAAGUAACUGUUUGCCAAAAAGUCAUUUUAAUAAACUAUAAUUUUUGAAGAACUUCCUUUUUUAUUAGUUUAGAAAACCCCUUAUUUUUCAUAGAGGGGAUUUUGUACACAUAAUAUGAGUUAUUUAGUUUAACUCUUGCAAAAAAACAAUUUUUGUAUGUUAAAACGUUUGUAUACCUUCAGUAUAAGGUGUCAUGUGCAUGUUAGCCAAUCAGUCAGGGGUAAAGCCUGCCCGAGUGCCAUCCAGGAGUCCAGGGGCGUGGCACCCAAGGGCAUAUCAAGGCCUCGAGUCGUAUUUGAACCAUAUAAUGUAUUUUUCUCUUAGUAUUGCUGAUGGAUGAAGAGGCUGAGGGGAAGGGAAGAGUAAGAGACAGGACAGGACUGAGUCCUGUGUCCACAGAAGAAAGAACAUGGAGAUCGACUUGCUGAAAAUAAGGCCCAAGUUUCUAAAAUCCUGUUUCCUGCCAAAAUCAAUGUCUUGGUUGACAUUUGAAUUUUAAAAGAGUUAAAGUGUACAUCCUUUUAGAAGACGGCACUAGAAUAAAUCAGCAGGUCUAAUCCCACCAGCGAGAAAACUACCACGUCUUGAUUUUUGCAAACUUAAUCUUGAUUUUUAUAAACUUAAAUUUUCUUUUAACUUCCUUUCUACUGUAAAUACAAAUUUAAGCCUAGAUUUAAUAUAGUUUUCUCCAUUUCCCCAAGUAAUGUCGCAGAUCAAUGUAAAUGGAUGACCCCAAUACUCCACGAGUGGAAGUAAAGCGCCCUGCGGGUGACUUGGCACGCAAACGUGACGUGACGUUGGCCGCAGUGCUCUCUGGGCUGGCUCUGUCUGACCCUGUGAUUGAUGCUGGUCCUCUUAGACCUCACUAACUACUGGAGCCUGUUAAUCUCGUAGUGGAAACUUUGAGUUGCUGAAUUGUGCAUCUGAGGAUUGUUUUAUGUCCUACAUCAUCUGUGUUGUGCUACAACGUGUGGAGACACAGUUACCUGUGAACUCUCCUUUUCCAUAACUUUUAAAGAAUAUAUAUAUCUAAAUGAAUGCAAUGUGCAUAAAUAUUUUUUAAACACAACAGUAAACUAUUGCACCUUUCGCUAACGCUUCUCUUUACUUGCUUUGACAUAAUGAAUGAGCCAGUGAACUCAGUGUCCUGUGGAAAAUGUAUAAAAGUUAUCUGAUAUUGCUCUUAGAUGUUAUGCUAAUUAAUGUUAAAUCACAAUAAACGGUAUUUUAAAUAUA